GCAAGCCUCCACUCUGUGUUCACGUGAUCAGUCAGCUGAUCUUCAGCACAUCCGCCUGACCCGCGACUGUUUACAAAUCAGCAGACAGUCCGAGAGACACAGGAUGAGGAGACCUGCGUGAUCCCUACAGAGACACCCUUUUCUUCAGAGUCUUGGCGGAGGAGAAUCACGAGGCUGUGACAGUCCGGCUGGGUUGCGGUCAUGCAGCACCCCAAUUUCGAGACCCGCCACCCGCUCCAGACCGACGAGCAGCAGGAGACGGGCUUCGACCCGCUCAAUAACUUCAACAAGAACCGCAGCAGAGGCUCUCUUGACAGCAGCACUUACUCACAGUCUCAGUCAACCUUCCUCUCAUACAGGAAAGAAUGGGACGACUUGUUCCUCAACAGUAAUUACCUGGCCAGGAUCCGGCAGGCGGGCAUCAACGGCCGACUGAGAAGCAGCCGCUUUCGGAGCGUGUGCUGGAAGUUGUACCUGGAGGCUCUUCCCGAAGAUAAGGGUCAGUGGAUCAACAAGACCAAUGAGCUCCGGGCCCGGUAUGAGAAGAUCAAAGAGACGCACAUCACUAACCCUCGGAAGGCUGCCGGCCAGGACCUGGUGGUCAACAACCCGCUGUCCCAGGAUGAGGGGAGCCUGUGGAACAGGUUCUUCCAAGACAAAGAGCUGAAGGGGAUGAUCAAACAGGACGUGUUGAGAACGUUCCCGGAGAUCCGUUACUUCCAGAACGGCGAUGUGAGGACCAUGCUGACGGACAUCCUCUUCUGUUACGCCAGAGAAAAUGAACAGUUGUUGUAUAAACAGGGGAUGCACGAGCUGCUGGCCCCCCUCGUCUUCGUGCUGCACUGCGACCACCAAGCCUUCCAGCAUGCCAGCGAGACGGCCAGCCCCAGUGAAGAGAUGAAGAGUCUUCUGAACCCAGAGUAUCUUGAGCACGAUGCCUAUACCUUGUUCUCUCAGCUGAUGGAGACAGCAGAGCCGUGGUUCUCCAGCUACGAGAGGGAAGUGAGGAGGGGUAAGGAAGAGAUGCUGACCAGCAUUCCGUUCGCACGGCCCCAGGACGCGGGGCCAUCUGUUGCCAUAGUGACCAAAGUGAACCGCAUCCAGGACCAGCUGGUGAAGAAGCACGAUGUUGAACUGCACAUGCACGUCAACCGGCUGGAGAUCGCCCCGCAGAUCUACGGCAUCCGGUGGGUACGUCUGCUUUUCGGGCGGGAGUUCCCGCUGCAGGACCUGCUGGUGAUGUGGGACGCUCUGUUUGCGGACAGCAUCACCCUGGACCUGGUGGACUACAUCUUUGUGGCCAUGCUGCUCUACAUCCGAGACGCUCUCAUUGCUAGUAACUUCCAGACCUGCCUGGGCCUGCUGAUGCACUACCCUCCUUUAGGAGACAUCAACUCCCUGCUGCAGAAGGCUCUUUUCCUCCGAGAUCCAAAGAACUAUCCACGACCGGUUAAUUACCAGUUCCAGCAGAAUCUGGAUUACUAUAAAACAAGGGGAGCUGACCUGAUGAACAAGACACGCUCUGGCUCCAAACCUGCGCCCCUGAACAUCAACAAGGUGUCCAGCAGCCUGCUGAGCUUCGGCAGGAAGCUCAUCGCUCCGGCCAUAUCCAGCAGCUCCAGCGGCAUCUCGCCUAUCAACACGGAGGUUCACUCCUCCUCCUUCUCCUCCACGUCAACCUCCCCCGCCUUGGGGUCAGCGCCCGCCCUGCCUCACCCGCUGGCCGACCCCCCUUCAGGCCACGCCCCCCCGCAGACCCCGAGCCGUGUCCAGAACCAGCACUACCGUCUGCUCAAGUCCGAGAGCAUGCCGGUCCACCUCAGCAAAGGCAUGGUCAGCUCCUCUCCCAGCACAGAGAGCCUCUCUGCUGGGCGCGCUCAGUUCACCGCCUCCCCGCCUCUCCCCCCCUCCGUCGGGAGUGAUGUAAGCACUUCAUCUCCUCCCCUCUCCGACACCAAGAAAGACUCUUUCUUCAACAUCACUCGUUCUCGCUCCCACAGCAAGAGCAUGAGCAAGAAAGAGUCGGAGGAGGACCACCUGGAAGCUCAGGUGUCGUUCUUGCAGGGCCAGAUCAAUGAUCUGGAGGCAAUGAGCAAAUACUGCGCCAAGAUGAUGAACUCUCACAUCUGUAAAAUCCAGGAAGUGAUUCUCCAAGAGCAUCUGGAGAAGGAGGACGAGGUUCUAGUUUCACUGGCUGGACUCAAACAGAUCAAAGACAUCCUGAAGGGGUCGCUGCGCUUCAACCAGAGCCUGCUGGAGGCCGAGGAGAACGAGGAGAUCGCCAUCGCUGACGAUCACUACACCUCCACCGCGGCCGCCGCUGAGACGGCUCUGAACGCCAGCAAUCACCUCCGAGAGGAAGAACAAGCAAACAGCGGGCAGAGCCGGGACUCUGAUCUGGACGGGAGCGUGAGCACGGAGGAGGAGGAGCAGGAGGAGGAGGAGGAGGAGCAGGAGGAGGAGGAAGAGGAGCAGGAGGAGCAGGGGGAGAAGGAGCAGGUCAUCACCCCCCCUGAGCAACAGAACAAAGACACAGACCUUGCCAUCUCUCGUGUGCAGGCGGGGUCUUCCCUGGGCUCCGAGGGUAAGAACUGGGACGACUACAUCCUGGUGUGCCAGGACGGAGACCUGGCAGCCGGCGAGGGAGGAGGAGGACGAGGGGGGGCUGCAGCCGAACGCACCCCUCCAAUCAGGCGGGGGCGCGGCCUGGUGCGCCUGGACCCGGAGGGGGCCGCGGGGGUCCUCCAGGACCCGCUGACGGCCGGCACCUCAGGGUCUUCCAGCCCAGACGAGGGCUCCACCCACAGCAAGGACUCUGACUUCACCAUCGUCAACCCCAACGACCUGUGAACCAGAAACAAACUGACUUGGGAUCAGAGGGUGGAGCUGCUGUCGGCUAAAGAAUUGCACAUGUGGACUGUGACGCUUCCAGUCACCAUUACGUUAUUCUCCGUCUCUUUCUGCCACUUCCUGUCUGAGCUCAUGCUGUAUGCCAUCUCAUUUCCCUAAUGCCUGUCUCCUCAUCAUGUCCCCUCACUUCUGAUAUUUAACUGUAGCCCCCUGCUCUACAGAGAGAUGGUGCCAUUGAACUGCUUACCCUGUCACUACAUGAUUACUCUAAAGACUUGGAUCAAACUGCAAUUUGUAUACAGGGCGGUCUCUCUCUUACUGUAAGAAUUGCUCUGCUUCUCCUGAAUGUGGACAUCUGGCCAAACCUCUGCUUGUUAUGUCUGUUCGUCUCUGCUCUUUCAGAGGGAGCUCUCUUCUGUGAAAUGAAAGGAUGACAUCCUCUGGCCAGUUAUCAGCUUUCUCCCCCCCCCCCCGAACCAGUGCCUCUGACCGUUCUUCUUCUCUCAACCAAACAAAACCUGACUCUGUGAACUUACUGUUUUUGUUAGUUUCUUUUUUUUAAGAAAGACUUUUAACCCUUAGUUUAGGUUCCUGGAUGAAAACCAUUAAAGUAUGGAGUAUGUCUUUUUUUCCUUUUCUUUUUUAUUGAUUCCAACGUGGACAUUUUAAUCUUUUUAUCGAUGGUUGUCAUUUUGUUCACAUUACAACUGAGUUGUUUUGGUGUCCUGUGGUAACGUGUAACGCAGCACACACAAAGAUUGUCCCUCGAGCUGCCCAUUCAGCAUAAUUAACUCAAGACCAAUAAAACGACAUCGCUCUUGCUACACA